ACCCAUAUAAAAAAACCCUAAUUCCUUUAUCUAGGGUUUCCUUUCAUUCAGUAGCUGCUGCAUCUUCUUCAUUCGGUUCUAUCCUUCAAGCAAAUCUCUUAGCAGCCAUGAUCAUUUCGGAGAAGAAUCGGAGAGAGAUCUCCAAAUACCUCUUCCAGGAGGGUGUGUGCUUCGCAAAGAAGGAUUUCAAUUUGGCCAAGCACCCAGACAUUGAUGUACCGAAUCUGCAGGUGAUUAAGCUUAUGCAGAGCUUCAAAUCGAAGGAGUAUGUUCGUGAGACCUUCGCAUGGAUGCAUUACUACUGGUAUCUCACCAACGAUGGAAUUGAGUUCCUCCGCACAUACCUCAACCUUCCAUCGGAAAUCGUCCCCGCCACGCUGAAGAAGUCUGCCAAGCCCCUCGGCCGCCCCAUGGGUGGACCCCCUGGCGAUCGCCCUCGUGGUCCUCCUAGAUUUGAGGGUGAUAGACCAAGAUUUGGUGACCGAGAGGGUUACCGUGGUGGGCCAAGAGGAGGGCCUCCAGGUGAAUUCGGUGGUGAGAAAAGUGGAGCUCCUGCUGAUUACCAGCCUGCCUUCAGGGGUGCUGGUGGACGCCCAGGUUUUGGACGGGGCUCAGGUGGCUUUGGUGGAGGUGCACCUUCUAGUUAAAUUCACAAUGUGAUCAUUUCCUUGUAGUUUUUGUUAGGAUUCCAUGUGAUGGAAUUAUGUGGACCAUUAACUUAUAUUUUGCACCGGAAUAUUGAACUGUACUUCCAUGUUCGUCUACAAUUUUGUUUUUGCUGAAUGAACAACACUUUCUUUAGGCCUCUGCUUUUGCCUACUAU